AUGGAGUCCGUGGGGAGGAAAGAUGUGAACCUCACUUCCUUGCUGUUGGCAUCGCAGUACAUGACCAAGAACAAGGCCUUUGCCUGUGGGGACGUUUGGGUGAUCCUUAAAGCAAAGGAGCUGUCCCUGUCCGAGUUCAUGUUGGCGUUCAGCGUGUACAGAGACGUGGUUUGUUCGGUGGAGCCCAAUAGGAGGGAGGAGUUGGACUUGUAUCUGUACCGGGUGGUGGAGUUGGGUCACAGGUAUGGUGGCUGGGAGUUUUACAACUACCAAAGGUCUUUUUCAGCUAAGGCAGUGGCCACCCUUGCUCAGUUCCGAAUUGUCAUCAACUGGGGCGGCGUGGACAUGGAGCUGUUCUGCCGUCAUUUUGCAGGUUUGAGGGCGCCGGCGUGUGCCAUCUGCCAGUCCUCCUCCCAUGCCACCACUUGGUGUCCCUCUGCCGAGAUCCCGUCCAUACCGGGUUCUUCCAGAUCGGCUACAGCCUCUGUCCCGAGUCCUAAGCAGGCGGUGCAGCUGGAUAAAUUGGCUGUUAGCUUGCAGCGCAAGACCUCAGACCCGUUCGUUCACUCAGCGUCCCACGUGUCCAGCCAGCAUGUGAGGGGUGAUGAGCAGAGUAUAGAGGACAUUCCUACAGAUAUCCGCCCAGAUGACUGUUUGACGAGCUCAGAGGGACAUCUUCAAUCCUCACAGUCUAAAGCAAAUAAUCGUGGAAUCACAGAAGAUACUUGUGAAGCGCAUACGAUUAUCUCAGAUAUUCACUCUAUAAUUUAUAGCAAAGACCUAUCAUGUGAUCCUUUUAAACUGUUCCGAUCCGAUUCAUCACAGAGAAACAAAAGUCAAAACAGGGGUGAUAACCACGAGAGCAUUUGCACGGAGGAGAAUCUGUUUUCAUGUUCAGAAUGUGACAAAUCUUUUGCUCUCAAAAAAAGUCUUGUUAAACAUCAGAGAAUUCACGCAGGGGAGAGACCAUUUUCAUGUGUAGAAUGUGGGAAACAUUAUAUCCAUAAAUCAGAACUUGUUAGACAUCAGAGACGUCAUACAGGGGAAAGGCCGUUUUCAUGUUCAGAAUGUGGGAAACAUUACAUGCAUAAAUAUGAUCUUGUUAGACAUCAGUUAAGUCACACAGGGGAGAAGCCAUUUUCAUGUUCAGAAUGUGGGAAAAAUUAUAUUCGUAAAUCAGAUCUUGAUAGACAUCAUAGAAUUCACACAGGGGUGACUCCAUAUUCAUGUGCAGAAUGUGGGAAACGUUAUAGCCUUAAAUCAAAACUUGUUAGACAUCAGAUAUUUCACACAGGGGUGAAGCCAUUUCCAUGUUCAGAAUGUGGAAAAUGUUUUACAGAUAAAUCAAAUCUUAGUAAACAUCAGAGAAUUCACAUAGGGAUGAAGCCAUUUUUAUGUUCAGAAUGUGGGAAACAUUAUAUCCAUAAAUCAGAUCUUGUGAGACAUCAGAGAGUUCACACAGGGGAGAAACCAUUUUCAUGUUCAGAAUGUGGGAAAAAUUAUAUGAAUAAAUCAGAACUUCAUAGGCAUCAGAUAACUCACACGGGGGUGAAUCCAUUUUCAUGUUCAGAAUGUGGGAAAUGUUUUAAAGAUAAAUCAAAUCUUGUUAAGCAUCAGAGAAAUCACACAGGGAUGAAGUCAUUUCCAUGUUCUGAAUGUGGGAAACAUUAUAGUUAUGAAUCACAACUUGUUAGACAUCAGAGAAUUCACACAGGGGAGAAGCCGUUUUCAUGUUCAGAAUGUGAGAAAUGUUUUAUGGACAAAUAUAAUCUUGCUAAACAUGAGAGAAGUCACUCAGGGGAGAAGCCGUUUUCAUGUUCGGAAUGCGGGAAGUGUUAUAGUGUUAAAUCAGCUCUUGUUAUGCAUCAGAGAAUUCACACAGGGGAGAAACCAUAUUCAUGUUCAGAAUGUGGGAAAUGUUUUAAGCAGAAAUCAGAUCUUAUUAUUCAUCAAAGAAUUCACACAGGGUUGAAGCCAUUUUUAUGUUCAGAAUGUGGGAAAUGUUUUACUCAGAAAUCAAAUCUUGAUAAACAUCAGAAGAGCUUUCACAAGGAUAAAGCCAUUAUUCUAAAUGCAGGAAAUCCUUCAUCAGAAAUGGGAUCUUGUUAGACAUCAGAUAAUUCACACAGGUAAAAAGCCAUUUUAUCCUCAGUAUUUGAGAAAUGUUUUAAAUCCCAUCAUCUCAUGGAACUCAUCAGGGAAGUAGCCCGUUACAUUUUUUUAAUUAAUUUUAUUGACAACUACUACUAGGGGAAAAAAAGUAUAACCAUUACAGUUAAAGUCACCAGUUAUGCAAGGGAAAAGGAAAGCAUGUAAAAGAUCGAAAUGAUGAUUAUGAAAUGUAUGCAGUUACCAAUAAAAGGUCUUUUAAAAGAAAAUAGAACCCAGGUAAUAUAAUGAUGUAUCAAACAUAGAGAAAAAAAAAAUCAUCUUUAAAAUGGUUCCACAUGGUGUAUAUAUAAAUAUAUAUAUGUAAAUAGCCUUACUUACUUUACUGCUUCCACACUGCACCGAUUCCAAGACUGAUCAGAUACUGCCAUUCUCUAUUUGCUGCUGUAUCGAUGAUGUCCUCACACAGGAAGAUGUGACAGUAGCAGCUAAUCAUAAAGCAGAAUCUGAGCUACCAUCCACUCUUCCUGCAUUACCUGAUAAAUGGACUUAUACUGCAACAAAUGAGGCUGAACAUAGAUCUUAUAGAGCACUAUACUUCUACCACCCUAUCUUUUUUAACUUAACCUAUUGGGGACAUAUGACAUACUGGUACGUCAUGAUGUCCUGGUACUUCCGAUCACCGCCGCUCUAAUUUGUAAAAUAUGUUUUGUAUACCUUGAGGGGAGUAGUUUCUAAAAUGGGGUAACUUUUUUGGA